AUGUCUAGAGGAAGUCUUCUAUAUGCUGCACACAUAGCCCUUCUCCUUCUCCUUGUUCCUUGUUCCUUCUGUUUCCAAACAUCCACCCUUUGUGGCAAUAUCAACAUAACGUAUCCAUUUCAAUUAAAGGGAAGCCUUCAAAAUUGUGGCUACAACAAAUUUGAGCUAUAUUGUGGUUGGGAAAAUGUUACAGUAAUGUGCUUGUAUUCGGGAAGGUAUUACGUAAAGGCGAUCAAUUACAGUGACUGGACAAUCCGAGUUGUGGAUGCUGGUGUUCAGAAGAAAGACAACUACUUCUCCAACCCACUUUACUCUUUAACCUCCUACAACCUUAGUGAGCGUGGAGAUCCUUUUUCAUCUGUUUUUUAUAAUAGCGACAAAGAUAUUCAAGAACUCCGACUGUAUAGUCUAGCGAUACGUGAAGUGCCUAUAAUUUUUAUCAGCUGUGCAAAUCCAAUGCAUUCUCCUCGCCUUAUUGAUACAGCUCCAUGCAUCAACAAUUCUGCCAAUUCUUCUUUGUCCAGUACUUUAAGAAUGUUUUCUUAUGUCAUGAUUGGCAACAUAAGUUCAUUCGAUUUGGGGGAGUCCUGCAGAAUAACACAAAUGGUUGUGGUGUCACCUUCAACAUCUACAGAUCUGCACCGGAACUUGUCCUGUGAAGGUAUAUAUAAUGAAAUAGCGAGCGGCUUUGAGCUCUCAUGGUUUAACGGUGCAUGUAACUUAUGUAGAAUGGGUAAGGAGAACUGCACGCUCGACGACGAAAAAUGGGAGAUACUGUCGGAGAUCUUACGGUUCAUACCCUCUAUACCAGGCAAAGUAGCUGACUCUCUAAUCCAACAUACAUAUAAUUCAAAGUAG